AUGAGAAGGUUAAUUUUAUUUUUAAAAAUUACUACAUUCCUUCUUUUAAUUUGGAUGUAUCUAUGUUUUCAUAACUGUUUUUCCUAUAAAACUUUGAUUGAUAAAAAUAUAUUGCAAAUAAAAAAUGAGUUAAAAUAUGAAAGAGUAUUAACAGAGGGUGACAUAGAAGAAAAAAAGAAAAAUUACGCUGAAGGAUUCCUAGAAGAAUGUUCAUUAGAUAAAGAAAAAAAAAAAAAAAAUAGGAAAAAUCCGGUUCAAUACGAGAAUCCGUACGAUAUAUGGCAGAGAGAUACUACUCCAUAUUUGUGGGAGCAAUUUAAAAAAGAGACAAGUGAAAUGGACCAUAAAUGGAGAGACGAAAAAUGGAAUAAUGAAUGGAAUAGAAUUUCAGCUAACAAAGUUAAAGAACUAUCUUCAAUAUUUCAUCGAAGUGAUAUUUCAGAAGAAGAAAAAGAAAAAUUAAUUGAUUGUGCUGAGAAGGAAAUCUACAAACUAUUCGUGAAAUUUUUAGACGAAUGUAAGACAGAGAUGAGAGGCAAUAAAACAGAGUCCGAAUCUAAGAAUGAGAUGACAGACAAUAAAACAGAAUCCGAAUCUAAUAAUGAGAUGACAGACAAUAAAACAGAAUCCGAAUCUAAGAAUGAGAUGACAGACAAUAAAACAGAAUCCGAAUCUAAGAAUGAAAAGGGAAAAAAUAAAAUAAAAAAUAAGAAAUCAAAUAUUUUGAAAUUUCUUUUUAAGAGGUUUGAUAACCAUUAA